AUGACAGGAAAAUGGUUCCUAAUAUUUUUAGUUCUCCCGCCACCUUAUACUCAUGGACUUAAGAGCACAGUGUUCAUGUCGACAAUGAAUAUGACAUACAGUACAUUUACCCAGUACAGAACAUGGACUCUAACAGCAAAAGAUGAGAAAGAUUGUGGAACUAAAUGCCUUCAUUUUGGAAACUGUAAUUCUUUCUGGUUCCAACAAACUUCCUUCAGUCCAGGAACUGUGUUUGGAACCUGCGAGGGGGCAAUGCUAUCAACUCUAGUAGAUACAGAUAAUGGUAUAAGAAUAUUUAUUGAUGCUGGGAGUUAUGAUGAGUGGGAUAUUCUAUGCAGAACUGGCAGGCACUGGGGUGAAGGUGGACUAUGGGAUGCUGAAGAUGAUUGUUGUGAACCCCCCUGUACUCCAGACCAUCCUUGUGCUGAGGGGGAGGGACACUGUGAAUUUGAUGCAGAUUGCCAGUGUACUUCAGACCAUCCUUGUGCUGAGGGGGAGGGACACAGUGAAGUUGAUGCAGAUUGCCAGAACCCUGGUUGGCUAAAGUGUGGAAAUGACUUCUGUGUCCACAAUACUUACUUUCCAAGUCAUCUGUUUCCUAAACAUUCGUUAACCUUCUACCAAGCAACUGAUAACUGCUGCUACAGGGUGUGCAACAAGCGGUACAAUGUGUGUGGACACAAUGCAGUUGGUUGUUUAAACGAUGAAGACUGUAGCGCUGGAUUGUACUGCAAGAAAGAUGUAGCUCAGCCAUACUGUGAAGAUGUAAAUGAAUGUGAUCCCAAUAAUCCUAAGAACCAUUUGUAUCCUGGACUAGCAUACUGCGGGAUACACACUACCUGUACCAAUACUAUUGGGAGCUUUAGUUGUUCCUGUCAAACUGGAUACAAUUCAUGGAUUCCUGUUGCUGGCUGCAUUGAUAUUGAUGAAUGCGCAACUGGUCCAGUUUGCGGACCGAAUACUAACUGUUGGAACACUGAAGGAAGUUUUAAAUGCUCCUGCAAGGCUAACUUUAAAGAUCUUGUUAUUCCAAACGGUUGUGUUGAUGUUAAUGAAUGUGAUGCUGCCUAUAUGGGUUACAACUACUGUGGGACUAACACAGUUUGUACAAACACUAUUGGAAGUGCCUCUUGUGCAUGCGCUGUUGGUUUCAGAGGAGACCCAUAUACUGUGUGCAGUGAUGUGAAUGAAUGUGCAGAAGGUGUCUCCUGUGGAGUAUCCACUGUGGAAUGCUUUAACACUGUUGGAAGCUAUUAUUGCUCUUGUAGCACAGGCUAUGAACGUUUUACUCCUGGUUAUGGUUGUUAUGAUACUAAUGAAUGUGCAACGUCUAUCUGUGGAACUUAUGGUUCAUGCACUAACCAACCUGGAACUUACUCCUGUACCUGCAUUGCUGGGUUUACAGGAACCCCACCAAAUUGUGUGGAUAUAAAUGAAUGUGUUACAGGUCACAAUUGUGCCGGGAUUAUUAAUCUCUGUGUAAACACACUUGGAGGAUAUAGAUGCUCUUGUCAAGCUGCAGAAAACUCUCUAGCUUCUACUUCAUACAGUUAUGGUUGUAAAGGAGCAGAUGGCUCAGCAAAAGGAGCUGUUAGGCUAGGAGGUGGUUUUAUGAGUUAUACUGGUAUUGUCGAGUAUAACCACAGGAACUCUGGUUGGGGAGCAAUCUGUCAAAAUGGAUUUGAUUGGGGUGAGGCGGAUGCUAUCUGCAGGCAGCUCGGAUGGGGUGGUGCUUACACCUACAGCCAUGGAUAUCCGUAUUCAGGCAUAUAUAUCUUUGCUGAUAUGUUGUGUGGAGGAACUGAGUUAGAUCUUGAUAACUGUCCUAGAACAUUAAGACCUUCAACAACGGUAUGUGCAGGUUCUAUGGCAGCCUUUGUCCACUGCUGGUAGACAAACUUUAUUUUUUCUUAAAGAAUUGUUCACAUUUUGGAAGCUAAGCACAUUAUGUUUUAAUUCUUUAACUUUUAAGCCUACUUCAAUGCUCGAGAAUGUUCCAGGAAUUUUUAUACGACUUUGGACUAACAAUCAACAAAUCAGUCUUGAAUAUUGUUCACUAAGCCAUUUAUUGAAAACAAAAAUUUAAGUUAAACAUAAAUUUGAAAAUAGAUUUUAUUCAGUGAAAUUUCAAUUUGAAAUCAUCCUUUACAAUGAAUACAUGUUUUUCUGUGAUAUAAUGUAAAUGCCUGAGUUAUUGAUUUUUACCCUUAUUGAAAGAUUGAUAUUAGCUUUUUGACUACACAUCCUUUCAAUUAAAUAACCAUUUGUAAUCCAAUCUUCGAUUUGAAAUACUUCAUACAGGAUUACCUUUAAAGAAUUACAUGUUCAAGACGACUGUACAAAAUUUAUACUGUUUGUUUCUUAAGUUCAUGAUUACCCGCAACCGUGAAAUUGUGUAUUGUGUAUUAAUUUAAUCAGACCUUUCAAGACUUUAUUUCAGCCAGAAGACUUAACUUAACUUAGGGAUUGUAAUAUCUUCAAGUUUCAAGUUGUCUUUACAGUCUCAUCCUUUGUGGGUAAACCUGUAAAUGUUUCUUUUUUCUUCCUUAACCAAAUGUUACACAAAGGAAUUGACUUUUUGCAACAAGCUCAAAAUAAUCCCUCUAUCUUUGCAACUUGACAGAAUAAAACUUUUAUAUUUCAAACUCAGGCUAUUUAAUCUGACAGAAUUUGUCGUUUGAAACAUCAGAGGUCUACAAUAUCAAAUUGCAAAGAUAUAGGGAUUAGAAAAUCAGAGUUUGUGGCAGAAACUCAAUUCCAUUACACAAUACGAAAUGAGAUUCUGUAGACCAAAACCAAUCUAGAGUAACUUUUUCAUAUUAACAAUAAUCCUUAACACAAUAUGAUUUGCCUUAAAAUGUUUAAAUGUUUAUGAUAGACAAAUCCCUUUCACUUUGAAGUGAAUGAGGAGGCUUAAACAUCCUUUAAAUAUAAAAAAGUCUAUUUCACUUUAAAGUUAUAAAAAAAUAAGGUUUUUUACCCUAGCUAUUGCUUCAAACAGGGAAAACCAAAAAAAAAAACCAACAUCUCCUUAAGC